GUGCAUCUAGCUGAUCGCGAACAUGCUGAUGAUCCGAAAUUUCGCAAAUUUCGUCGUCAGCUAUUUCACACCUCGCUGUACACCAUUCUAGAGUCCCUCAAGCCAGGGAUGACUACUCCAGAGGUGGUGCGCUAUGCUGAUGGUCAUUACCGUCGCACAGUCUAUGGUUUGGGGCCCUAUAUUGCAGACUAUCCUGAGCAAGCUCUCUUAGCUUGCAUAGUUCAAGGAUGGUGUCCUAGAUGUGAUGCACAUAGAGAUGACCUUGAUGGAGAGGGUAUCCAGCGUAGUCACUCUGUGACUGAUCCACUGCUGGAUGCCUUAAGCCUAAGGGUUCUCUGGGAUGAAUAUGGUAUAGUGGGAGAUCUGCUGGUGGGCUAUGUCUUAUAUGAAGGUGGAUGUAUGAGACUGACUUGUUCAAAGCCCUUUACAGUGGCUUUUCCUAGAGCAGACAUCCAUGAGAUGCUUUCACCUGACCUUUUGCACCAAGUCAUCAAAGGGACCUUUAAGGACCACUUGGUUGCUUGGGUUGAGGAGUAUCUUGUGCUCACACAUGGCAAGGCUCAAGCUGCUAUCAUCUUGGCAGAUAUUGACCGCCGUAUUGCUGCUGUGCCUCACUUUCCUGGUCUACGUCGCUUCCCUGAAGUGCGGGGCUUCAAGCAAUGGACAGGAGAUGAUUCUAAGGCCCUUAUGAAGGUCUACAUUCCUGCCAUCAAGGGAUAUGUGCCUCCACAGAUGGUGCAAGCUCUUAGCGCCUUUCUGGAAUUCUGUUACCUGGUGCGACGUGAUACUAUUACCACUCGCACUAUGGCACAGAUUGAAGAUGCACUUGCGCGAUUUCAUCGCCAUCGAGUCAUCUUUGAGGAGGUGGGAGUUCGUCUGGAUGGCUUCUCAUUGCCGCGCCAGCACUCUCUUAAGCACUAUCCUAAACUCAUCCAGAUGUUUGGAGCCCCCAAUGGUCUGUGCUCCUCUAUAACAGAGUCUAAGCACAUCAAGGCGGUGAAGGAGCCAUAUCGGCGCUCAAACCGCUUUGAAGCCUUGGGUCAGAUGCUGCUUACCAAUCAGCGUCUGGACAAGCUUGCUGCUGCACGUGUGGACUUCACUGCACGUGGUAUGCUUCGUGGUUCCUAUCAUCCAAUGCCUGCAAUUCCUGAAGAGGAUAUUUGGGCUGGCCUUGGCUUUGAUAGACCUCAUAAUGGGGAUAUUGAAGAGAUGGCUGAGCAACAGGCUGCUCUGGAUGAGGAUGAUGAUGGUGGUCCAGUGGAUGAAGAUGUUAUAGGCAAGGUUGUACUGGCUAAGCGAAAGUCAAGGGGCUACCCUAGAGACUGCUAUGAACUUGCAGCUCAUAUUGAGGUGCCUUCUCUUCCAGAGCUAGUUCGUCGUUUCCUCUAUGUUCAACAGCAUGAUGGCCCUGUUGAACUUGGAGAGAACAUUGACCUUGCACUCUGUCCACCUGCUCCUCGCCAGAUCUCUGUGUUUCCUUCAGCUGUUGCCUACUUCUAUGCACCCAGCGAUGUAUGUGGUGUUAGAGGCAUGCGCAAGGAGCGCAUUAGAUCUGUGCCUUCAUGGCGUGGAGGUCCUGCCCGCCGGGACUGUGUCUUCAUUUUGGAUGAUGACACUCAGCCUGGCUUUCUUGGGUUGCUUGCAGCUCGUGUUCUUCUUCUGUUUUCUUUCAAGGACAUAGAUGGUGUGGAGUAUUCUUGUGCUCUUGUCUCCUGGUUUCUGCCUACUUCUGAUCAUCCAUGUGAAGAGACAGGGAUGUGGAUAGUGGAACCUCAGGUGGAUGAGUUUGGACAUCAGACUGUGUCUGUUGUCCAUCUUGACUGCAUUCUACGGGCUGCACACCUUAUUGGUGUUGCUGGUAAAGAUCCUAUUCCCACUAGGCUAAAACAUACUGAUAGUUUAGAUGCAUUUACUGCCUUCUAUGUAAAUAAGUAUGCUGACCAUCAUGCACAUGAAAUUGCCUUCUAA